CACCCCUCCGUCAACCUCUCGAUGUAAGAAAAAACACCCAAAAAACGACCCAAAUAUCAGGGGGCACCAGCUGACGAAAAAAAACAGUCUGAAGUUCCUCGGUUUCGAGCAGAUCUUCAAGAAUGCGCUCACUGGCCUGAUGAUGGGUGGUGGCAAGGGUGGAGCCGACUUCGACCCCAAGGGCAAGAGUGACGCCGAGAUCCGCCGCUUCUGCGUCGCCUUCAUGCGCGAGCUCUCCAGGCACAUCGGUGCCGACACCGACGUUCCCGCUGGCGACAUUGGCGUGUCGGGCCGUGAAAUCGGCUACAUGUUCGGUGCCUACCGCCGUGAGCGUAACAAGUUCGAGGGUGUCCUCACCGGCAAGGGCCUCGACUGGGGUGGAUCGCUCAUCCGCCCCGAGGCCACCGGCUACGGCCUCGUGUACUAUGUCACCCACAUGCUCGAGCUCGCUGGCGUCGGCAACUGGGAGGGCAAGCGCGUCGCCAUCUCCGGUUCCGGCAACGUUGCGCAGUACGCUGCGCUGAAGUGCAUUGAGCUCGGCGCCACCAUCGUCUCGCUCUCCGACUCCAAGGGUUCGCUCGUGGCGGUUGGCGACGGCCACGUCACGGUUGAGGAUAUCGAAUCCAUCAUGGACCUGAAGGUCAAGCGCCAGUCGCUCUCCGCCUACACCACCAAGGGCAACCUCCAGUACAUCGAGGGCGUCCGCCCGUGGCUCCACGUCGGCCAGGUUGACGUCGCCCUCCCCUGCGCGACCCAGAACGAGGUCAGCAAGGAGGAGGCGGUCGGCCUGGUUGCCGCUGGCGCUCGGUUCGUUGCCGAAGGCUCCAACAUGGGCUGCACGCUCGAGGCCAUUGAGGUGUUCGAGAACGAGCGGCGGGAGAAGAAGGGCAAUGCCAUCUGGUACGCCCCCGGCAAGGCCGCCAACUGCGGUGGUGUCGCCGUCUCGGGUCUCGAGAUGUCGCAGAACAGCCAGCGCCUCGCGUGGACCAAGGAGGAGGUCGACCAGAAGCUGAAGGACAUCAUGAAGAACGCCUUCGACCUCGGUGUCACCACCGCCAAGAACUACGUCGAGUCGAGCGAGGGCGAGCUCCCCAGCUUGGUCGCCGGCAGCAACAUUGCCGGCUUCGUCAAGGUCGCCCAGGCCAUGCACGAGCACGGCGACUGGUGGUAAACGGGAGGCGACAGUCAAUCGGGUUUGAUGGAGUGCGCUUCCUUGAAUGCUGCAGCGCUUUCUCAAACCGAUCGAUGAGCCGUUUUCCUUUUCCUUUUUAUUAGUCUUUUUCUUUUCAGCCGGCGUUCUUGGGUGUUCCCCAUCAGGAUGGAGUUGGGAUCGGACGAGUUAACGACAUGAUUCCCUGGGUUAACUGGCUGCGGGUUGUCGAUACCUGGUUUCUGAAGCAAGCGAGAGAGGACGGACAAGUGUAUAGAGGAGCGAUGCUUUUUACAUAGCAAUGAAACCAUUUAAAACA